AUGUCAUAUAUAUUUAUAUUUAUAUUUAAUAGAAAUUUUUUUAUUUUUUUUUUUUUUUUCUCACUUUAUAAAUUAAUAUCUUUAGUUAGAAUAACUAUAUAUAUGUAUAUGAUAACUUUUUUUUUAAUAAAAGUUAUUUUUUUUAGAAUGAAAGAAAAAAUAUUGUUGUAUUAUUUUGUUAUAAAAAAAAAUAUAAUUAAAUUAAUAUUUGUAUUUAUAUUGUUAUUUUUUUCUACUAUAAAUUUAAUUUUUUUUUAUAUUUUUUUUGAAAUUAUUUCUUUAUUGAUUUUUUUUCUUGUUUAUCUUUCAUCUUUUUCUUUAAUACGUUUAAAAGCUAGAAUUUAUAUAUUUAUUUUUAUAAGAAUUGGAACUUUUCCAAUAUUAAUAAUAAUUUAUUUUAUUAAUGAAAAAACUUUGUUAUUAAUUUUUAUUUUAAGAUUUUCAGUUAAAAUUCCUAUUGUAUUAUUUCAUUUAUGAUUACCUAAAGCUCAUGUUGAAGCUAAUUAUUAUGACUCAAUAAUUUUAGCUAGCUUACUUUUGAAGUUAGGAGGUUAUGGAAUAUUAAUUUUAGAUUUAAAUUUUAAAAUAAAUUUUUUUUUUAUAUGAGGAUUAAUAGGGAGAAUAUUUAUUUCUUUCUUAGUUUUAUUUGUUUUAGAUAUAAAAAUAAUUAUAGCUUUUUCUUCUAUUAUUCAUAUAAAUAUUAUACUUGUUAUAUUUUUUAACAGAAAUAUAAUUAUAGAAAAAGUUUUUUCUAUAUUGAUAUUAUCUCAUGCUUUAAUUUCUUCUAUAAUAUUUUAUAUAGUUGGUAUAAUUUAUGAACAAUCUUUUAGACGAAGAAUAUUUAUUAAUAAAAAUUUUUUUUUGAAUUAUAAUAUUUUUUUUUUUUUUUUUUUUUUUGUUUGUUUUGCUAAUAUAGGUUCUCCUAUUUUUUUAACGUUUUUUUCUGAGAUAUAUAUUUAUAUAUUUUUAAUUAAUUAUAAUUCUGUUUUUAUAAAUUUAAUAAUUUUUAUAAUUUUAUUUUUUUCUUGUUUAUUGAAUUUAUUUAUAUUAAAAAAUAUAAGUAUAAUAAUUAUAAGAAAAUUUUUUAAAAUAUUUAAUUUAAAACUUGCUACUUUAAUUAUCUUAAUAGAACAUUUUUUUUACCUAUUAUUUUUUUUUUA